AUGCGGACAAAGACCUCCGCUCUUACGAUCCGUCGGAUGAAAGCAAAAGCGACAGCGGCGAGAACUGAGAAACCCAACAAAAGAAAACGCCGGUCAAUUCAAACUACACGGCUCACGCACAUACGCGUGUGGUUCUAACCCUCCGAAAGUGUGUCAGAUCAAAAAUCCAAAGCCCCUACGACUUUGCGACACCCAGUCUCUCUUCACUCUUCUUUCUCCUCGUCUUCACUCUUUCCCACUUUACUUUUCCCUCAUUUUACUUUUCCUGUUUACCAAACACUCUCUUUCUUUCUCACUCACUCUCUCUCUGUCUGAAAUUAGCCGUUGUUGCUCAGUCGCAAUCUCAUUCCUCUCUUUUCUUCUAUGUUCUGCGAAUGUGUGUCGGUGGGAGUCGGAGCACUUACCGCAUUAUUACCACUUAUCACUUCCAUUGAAUAAUUUCUGAAGCUUCUCUUCUAUUUAGUGGCCUUUUUUUCAGCAGUGCAAGCAAGCUUUCACAUUUUUAUCAAUUUAUACUUUUUUUUUUUUUUCCAAUCACAACUGUCCAUGCAUUGACUCCGAUCGCUUUGUAAUUGAUUCCCCUGGUUUCCCUUUGAAUUAAUAUAUUCAAAAGUUGUGAAGAAAUGGAGAAUAAGGCAUGGCUUUGGAGGAAGAAAUCCAUAGAGAAGAUUACUCUUCCCACUGACAAAUAUCCGAAAGGAAAUGAGGAAGAGAUUCAGACACUUCUGGCUGAGAAAGAGGAGCUGGAGAAAGAACUGAAAACUUUAAAUGAUAAGCUUUCUUCAGCUCUCUCUGAAUGUAACACUAAAGAUGAACUUGUAAGAAACCAUGCAAAAAUGGCACAGGAAGCCAUUCAAGGUUGGGAGAAGGUUGAGGCGGAGGCAGUGUCUCUAAAGCAACAACUAGAUGAAGCUGUACAGCAGAGAGUUGCUAGUGAAGAAAGAUUAGUUCAUGUGGAUGCAGCCCUCAAGGAAUGCAUGCAGCAGCUGCGGUAUGUUCAAGAAGAGCAGGAAAAGAGGAUUCGUGAUGCUGUGAUGAAGACAUCAAGGGAAUUUGAGAAAUCCCAGGUGGUUUUAGAGGAGAAGUUAGCAGAAGCCAAUAAAAGACUUGCCAAAUUAGCUUCUGAAAAUUCUCAUCUUGGUAAGGCUCUUUCUUUGAAGGAAAAGUUGAUUGAAGAAUUAAAUAGACAGUUGAAUCAGUUGGAAGCGGACUUUAAUGCAUUAAUGACUAGAUUAGAAUCCACUGAGAAAGAUAAUGCAGCCUGUAAGUAUGAGGUUCGAGUGCUUGAGAAAGAGCUUGAGAUCCGAAAUGAGGAGAGAGAAUUCAAUCGUCGAACUGCUGAUGCAUCACACAAGCAGCACUUGGAGAGUGUGAAGAAAAUUGCAAAGUUAGAAUCAGAGUGUCAAAGGCUGCGUCUCCUGGUUCGGAAACGGUUGCCAGGUCCUGCUGCCUUGGCAAAAAUGAAGAAUGAAGUUGAAAUGCUGGGAAAGGAUUCCACUGAAAUGAGGAGAAAACUGAAUCCAACUGGCUUAAUGUUUGACUCUACAUUUGACAAUGUUUCUGACACUACCAUGAAAAAGAUUAGUAUGCUUACUGAGCAGUUGUGUGCUCUGGAAGAAGAAAACAAAACUCUCAGGGAGGUUCUCGUUAAGAAGACAAAUGAACUUCAAAUCUCCAGAAACAUGUAUGCUCGCACAGCAUCCAAACUAUCACAAACUGAGUCACAUGUGGAUGAAUCAUCAAAAGGUCUGUCAACCAUGGAGCCAAUAAGGAGUAGUCUUAUGCCACAUGAGGUCUCUCUGGCAUCAAUGUCUGACAUUGGCAGCGAUGAUAAGGUUAGCUGUGCUGAAUCUUGGGCUUCUGCUUUAAUUUCAGAGCUGGAACACUUCAAAACCGAAAAACAAAAAGGAGCAUUAUCAAUCAAAACUGUUGGAGCUUCAGACAUAAAUUUGAUGGAUGACUUUGUUGAAAUGGAAAAAUUGGCAGUAGUUUCUGUCAACAAGCCAACUGGAGGUUCUCUUGUUUCUCCAAAUGGUGCCGAUGCAACAGUUGCCCCAGUUGAAACUGAGAAUUCCUCAGAAAUAAUGGCCAGUGAGAUAGUUCCAGUUUCUGACAGUGAGUCAGGCUUCAGUGUAUCAAACCAGGAAAUCAACUUUAAAGAUCCUUUCAAUGAUAAAAUUCCUGUUUGGCUUCAGGAUACUCUGAAACUGGUCUUGGAGCAAACCCAUGUGACAGGAAGAAAUUCUUUAGAUAUACUUGAGGAUAUUAGAAUAGCUUUGUCGCACGUGACACUUUCAAAGCCUGGUGAUCCAGUUGAUGCAAGGGAAAGCUUAAAUCAGUCUGCUGACAUCUCACUGUCAGAGAAGAAUGAUCAGCAGUUAAAAUCAGAUUUGAGUAGAUCUAUAUACAAAAUGAUUGAGCUUAUUGAAGGGAUCAGUUUACCAUCCCCAGAUUAUGGAAACCAAGGGAUUUUUUCCAGGAAGGAAGGGAACUUGUUCUCAUAUAAGAAUUCAGAAACACCUGCAGGCUACGUGGUUCGUGUAUUCCAAUGGAAAACUUCUGAAAUCAGUGAUGUUCUACAGCAAUAUGUUCAUGCAUGUUAUGAUCUAUUGAAUGGAAAGGUCAAUUUUGAUAAAUUUGCCCAAGAAUUAACAACUGCUUUGGACUGGAUUGUAAAUCACUGCUUUUCCCUCCAGGAUGUUUCAAGCAUGAGGGAUGCCAUUAAAAAGCAAUUUGAUUGGGACGAUACACGCAGUGAGAGUGAAGCAGAAGUUGGAACGGUGGCUCGCUUUUCAGAACCAUCACGUGUUCCAAGAGAGCAUUUAUCAUGUUUGAACUCGGCUACUGCUUCAGAUGCCCAUAAUAUUCAAAGAGAAGAGCUGAAGUCAACUAUGGUAGAAGAAAACAGAAAGUUAAAGGUUGAAUUGAUAAAUAUUGAAUCCACAAAGAAAGAAUUGGAAAAAAAGCUUCAGUCAGCUACUGAUAGGAGUGAAUACCUUAUGAAUCAGCUUCAAGAGUCUGAAAAAGUUAUUGCCAGCUUGAAAACUGAUUUACAAAGUCUACACGAACCAAAGGUAAAGAUUGAGGAUCAAACUGAAAAUCACAAGAUGAUUAAUGAAGAUCUGGACACACAGCUUACAGUGGCUAGAGUAGAAUUAAAUGAUGCUCGCCAGAAGUUGUCAUCUUUAGAAGUUGAGCUGGAGAAUAAAAAUACUUGCUAUGAAGAAUUGGAGGCUACAUGUGUUGAGCUCCAGCUCCAGCUUGAAAGUUUGAAGAAAGAAAGCUUGAACAGUGAUCCUAAUCAGGAACAAAAGCAGCUUCGAACUGAUUUGGAGAUAACGACUGCUUCAGAAAAACUGGCGGAGUGUCAAGCGACUAUCUUAAACCUUGGGAAGCAGUUGAAGGCAUUGGCUGCACCGAGGGAAGCAGCCCUUUUUGAUAAAGUAAUCACUAAUCCAACAUUUACAAAUCCGGUCACUCAUCCCACAUUUACAAAUCCCGCUGCUCGCACCACAAGCCCGUUCCAUGACAAGGAGAAGAACCUUAACAGAAGGCCCUCUCUACUAGAUCAAAUGUUAGCAGAAGAUGAUGCUAAAGCUACAGAUCUAAAAUCUCCAGAAACCAAAGAAGUUGAUGGCAAUUCUACUACCUUGGGUCCUAAGGAAACGAUCAAGCCCUUGGAAAAUAUUCUCGUUUUAAAUGGUAAACACCAGGCUGAAGAUGCUGUAGUUGAUGAAUUAUUGGCUAUUGUGCCUAGCAAGAAACACAAAAGUGGGAGUUUGUGGAGAAAGUUUCUGUGGAAAAAGAAGAAAAGCAACAGCAAGAAAACACCCCUUGCAGCAUAACAUAUGUGUGAUAAAAUGUCGGUGCCAAGAGUCCUGUUUUUGAUGGUAGUGGUUCUUUUGGUUGUUGUAUACCUACCCUGAGAAAAAAAUAAGGUCUUGAGUUCUGUUCAUAAUCUGAAAAUGUUGGCAUACCGCUUGACGGCGUUUUGCAUGUUUUUGUGAAAUACUUUGUACA